AUGCUAUCUAAAACAACAAAUGAGCCCCCAUAUUCUUACCAUGUAGCGAUCUGUCCCGCAGAUGCUAAAACAACAAAUGAGCCCCCAUAUUCCUACCAUGUAGCGAUCUGGCCAGCAGAUGCUACUAAACCAACAAAAGUACCCCCAUAUUCUUACCAUGUAGCGAUCUGUUUUAAGUUAUCUGGAGAGAAGACUUCUCUCUCUUCAGAGAGUCCUACUACUGAUAUCUUCCUUGUGGAGGGAGACUUUUCGCUUGUUCAGGUGACGUUAGACGACAGAGCUGGCGGUGAUCUGAACAUUAUUAAAACCUCGUCUCACUUCCACCUAUCCCUGCUCAACUGGAACACCCAGGCUGUCCAUUCUCUCACUUUUCUCUGUCCUACUUCUGGUCAGAAGGAAGUGUACGAGGUACUGAUAAUACCCUCAGAACCCGACCUAACUCCACCUCCUAUCAAACUAGAGUUUUCCGAACUUAUCAGCACUCUCCUCCCCACUGUCGUCCUGGGACUCCUCGUCCUUCUAAUCGUCAUUGGGAUCGUCUUCCUAACCACCGCCAGCUACAGACGUCUCAAAUCCACUUCGUCUCAGUGGGACUCGCCCCUAACUAUGAACUCAAUGUUAACUACUCCAGUUAAGAUAGGUUCCCCGUUCAGGCCGGCGUCAGUGACAGUGACCCCUACUAGACUUAAAACACCGCUUUAUACUAAACCUCGGGGGACUCCUGGGAGUAUAUGAGUGCAUGUGCCAUGUUCGCCCGCACCCUUCAUCCGCAAGAAUAAAUGUAUUAUUUGUGGUGUUUUUAGUCGUUAUUUGAAUCAUUUGGUGUGGCUGGGAUCGAAUAUUGAAUAUGGUGGCAGUGUGACUAUUA